AUGAGAAAAUGGCAGAUUUUAGAGUUCGACGGUAAGCCGUAUUACGCCUUCGUCCCCGAAGGAGACACACCUCUGGCAGAAGAGGAGCUGCAGGAUCUGGAGGAGCAAGGAAGCCAGGUAACGAAACUGGAACGGCCCGAGGAGGACGAAGUCGCCGACCUGGACUCCGCGGACGAGAAGUUCUACGAAUUCGAGAACCAGUACAGCGAGUACCCAGGUGAAGGUAACGAGGAACUCGACGUGAAGCCGAUUAUCCUGAACGGGACGAGCCAAGACGACGAGGGGAAAGCCACCAUAGGAGACUUGUACGAGGUCAAGGUUCAGAAUGGCGUGGUGACGAUAGAGAAGCUGUCCGAAAACGUGGCGGAGUCCGACAGUCGGGAAGAUCAACCGACUGAUCAAGACCAGCAGAUCGGAGAUUCGGACUACGGCGGGCAGAGUGUCCAGGUCCCCGAAGACGAGGAGAAGCUGGACCCGUCUAAGUUCAUCCUUCCCGACCGUGCCUGCGCCCUGAAGUGCAAGGCCUGCUCCGAGAUCUUCGGCUCCGUCAUCGCCUUCCGGAAGCACGUGGCUUGGACGCACAAGAAGAAGGUGUGCAUCAAGGAGGAGGGUGCCUACAUAUGCGCGGUGUGCGACUACAGGACCCUGAAGAAGUCCCUGUUCGCCGAGCAUCUCGAGCGGAAGCACGAGACCUGGUCCCGCAAGCGGUCCAACUCCAUGGUCUUCCCUUGUGCCGCUUGCGGUUUCGUCUGCAGAUCGAAGCACUCCCUGCAGUCCCACUUCAUUCGCAAGCACACCAACAAGUACGAGCACCAGUGCACCUUCUGCCCGAAGAAGUUCAAAGUCAAGGGCGACCUCACGAACCACGUGCGCUUCCACCACAGAGAAAAGCCGAUCAACUGCGACGUGUGUGGGAAGCUCUGCCAGAACACGGGGUCUCUUUACGUCCAUCAGAAGUGGGCGCACUACAAGCCCAAGUACGAGUGCAACAUCUGCAAGCGAAGGAUGGUCACUCAGGAGAAUCUGGACCAGCACAUGCUCACGCAGCACGAGCAGCGGGAGAAAAUCGUCUGUGCGGAGUGUGGCAAGACUUUCGGGAAGAAGGACUCCUUCAAGAGGCACAUGGCCGUUCAUUCGGGGUGCAAGCCGCACCCGUGUCUGAUAUGCAACAAACCCUUUGCCAGAAGAUCGCAACUGAGGCAACAUUUGCUAAUCCACACGGGGAAACGACCUUUCGUCUGCGACAUCUGCGGCAAGGCCUUCACGCAGAAACCUGGACUCAUCUGCCAUAGAAAGACUCAUCCUGGGCCGCAUCCCCCGCUUCCGGUCAUGCCCAUUGGGGAUAUCGUUAAAGAGUUCACCGAGGGAUAUUAUCAGGAGUUCCAUCAAAGCGAGUACCUGGAAGAAGAGAACUUGGAGUAG